AUCAGGAUAAUCUACAAUAGAAAAAAACUAACAAGUGAAUCCAGGCACUCUGUUAGCCCUUACUCUGUCUCAUCUAGCACUGUGUCUGUUUCAGGGGAUGAAGAUGAUGCAGAUGAUGAGGACGACGACAUUGUGUGCUCUAUAUGCCAGGACGAAACUUCCGACGAACCCAAUGAAAUUGUCAUUUGUGACAAGUGUGGCCAAGGCUACCAUCAGCUGUGCCACUCUCCCAUCAUCGAUGCCUCUGUCAUCGACUCUGAUGACAAGUGGCUCUGUUCAGAGUGUGAGCUCACUUCUUUACCUAAGCAGGAGCAGGAGCAGCACAUGGGGCUGCACCUGACUCUCCCAUACGCUCUGGAAGAACUGGUCUGGGAUCAGGGCCACACGACUAACAUCCAGCACUGCUACUGCUACUGCGGAGGGCCAGGAGAGUGA